CGAGGCGGCAGGUGAGUAUUGUUGAUCCUCAGCAUCGGUUCUAAUGCUCAUGGUAUGAUGCAUUGUCUCGGCGAUAUUGUAUGCAUUUAUAUAGCCCAUACGCAAAGACUAUGAUGCAACACGAGGACAGUGGACCCGUGCUGGAACUAUCCGACGUGGUCCACGACGAACCCUUGGGCGAAGAUGAUAGCCACGCUGCCUUCAACCACAUUAUUUCGUCGGCCAGCAUGGCCCACACAACCGAGCAUUACGCGUCCGGUCUAGAAGAUGAGGUCAAUGCCUUGGAGCAUCCGGGAUCCCAUUCGCCGACCUUGCUGCAGGAUGGAGAAGGUGUAGUGCCACCGUUCUCGGUUGAACAGCUUGAGCACGACCUCGUUGCUCUGCUCAGGCAGAACGAUCCUGUAGUAUCCUCCGCUCUUCUCAGCGUCGCGGCGCAACGACAAGGGCCCCAAGCCGUGACGGACCUGCCUUUGGCAGGUGAUCCUGCAAUGACGCAGCUGCAGAGCUUUGAUGCCCUAUGUCCGAGCCUGAGCGCACUAGCUGCAGUUCUUCACGCCGUGCAAACCGCAGGGGACCAGAGUGGACGGCCGACGCAAGACUUCGCCUCGUCAGGGCCCGACUUUGGACCCCAAUCCCUGGACGAGGAACACAUAAAGAAGCGGACACGAAACGCGCCGGCGUUUCACUCCCUAACCGUGGGUGAAGAUGUCCCUGGUCUGGUGAGUGCCAAUGGCGCUGGCAGCGGCAACGCCAGCGGGACGGAUGGCUCGGAAUACCUGUACGACGACGAAGGAGACAGCGAACAUGACGCAGAAGCGGACAUGACUAUCGGUCGAAUACGAUACUCUUCGUCUCCCGAUCCGGUCGGCUCUGCAGCAGAAGAAGAUCCGUCACCAGUCCCAAACGACUUCACCGAUAUCGGCGACAUUAUGCACCAUUAUACUCACUUUGACCAGGAGGACGAGGAGGAUGAGGUCGACCAGCUGGAUCCCGAGCCCGCUUCGUCGCCUUCUGGAGGCAACAUUCUAGCGCUCCCUCGCUAUCACCCUUUGCCACGGCCGGCUGCCCACGGGGAUGCAGCGGACGCUAUCCCGGAACUUGACGAGCUGGAGAGCGAUGGCGACCAGCCCGUCGCCUCGACAUCGAGGGGUGGUGGGCCUAGUGUUGCUGCAGAGAAGAGACCGAAGAAGCCCAAGGAGAGGAAAGAACCGGAGAAGGGUUCUCAGGCCCACGUAUGCGAGGAGUGCUCGAAGACGUUCAGUCGCCGGAGCGACAUGCUACGGCACAGACGCAUACAUACGGGCGACCGUCCGUUCGUAUGUCCGGAGACCGGCUGUGGGAAGACUUUCAUACAGCGAUCUGCAUUGCACGUACAUAUGCGUGUACACACCGGGGAGAAGCCGCACGUAUGCGAGUACCCUGGUUGCGGCAAGACUUUCGGCGAUUCCAGUAGCUUGGCUCGACAUCGACGGACUCACACCGGGAAGCGGCCGUACAAGUGCGAACACCCUAUAUGCGACAAGACAUUCACCCGUCGCACGACCUUGACCGCGCAUAUGAAGACGCAUGAUUCGACAUGGGAGCCGGACCCUAAUAUCAAGUACAACUUCAAGGCAAAGAAGGUCAAGCUUGAUAGUGCAGACCAAGACCAAGAGUUGGAAGCCUCUGUACGCACUCUUUCCGCGCUGCUCGCACAGGGCGAAUCACAGCCCGGCCCGUCGUCAGGCAAUCCGCCGAUUGAACCACAACUAGCGACAAGUAUAGGCGAGGAGCUCGCCGCAGCGCUCGCAGAGGCGCAGGCGCAAAUCUUCGAGGACGACGACGAGGAUGAUGACGAAGGUUCUAGUCCGGAGCUUAGCGGUAGCGAUUCCAUCGGUCCCAACAUGAGCGGGGUCAGGAACGAGGGCAGUGCGCUUCCAAGGGUCGAACGAGAGGGACCCCUCGAGGUGCGCUUGCAGGAUACGUUGGGAGAUGAUGAUGCGCUGGACUUUGCGAUACCUCUUCGAAAGCGGAAGACGGACGAUGUAGCGGCUGCUGUCACUGGUAAACGGAAACGAUAAUUGCUGUAUAGCAGAGACGUCACCCAAGAGCGAGUACCCAGUGUGCUAGAAGUGUAAGUAGAUGUCCAGCGGACGCACGCACCGCCGCUUU